AGAGAGAUCCGGUUCCAGAAUCUAAUCCUCUUCUUCCUCUUCCUCCUCUUCUUCCUCUUCCUCUUCUUCCUCUUCUUCUUCUUCUUCUUCUUCAUUCAAAUUUAUUUAUAUCUAAACCAAUUAUGUGUUCUUAGAUACAAAUUCCCUCUUCUCCAAUUUCUCAAUUUCCCUUUUCCUAAUCAUGGAGAUCGAAACCACAUCCCAACCGGGUCGUCUGAACCGCCUGAACUCCGCCGUUGCUCAAACCUGGAUCGGAAAGCGGUUCAAAUUAACCGAAAGAAACUCCAACUUCACCACUGAGCUCCGCGCCGGCACCGCCACUUUCUUAACCAUGGCCUAUAUCUUAGCCGUCAACGCCUCCAUUCUCGCCGACUCCGGCGCCACCUGUUCCCAAUCCGAUUGUGUCCCACUCUGUUCCGACCCUUCAAUUCCACUCUCCAGCUGUACCGGGUCGGAUCUCCGCAUCAUCCAACCCGACGGAUCCUGCAUGUUUGACCCGGUCAAUCCUGGCUAUGUCGAUUGCCUCGAUCAAGUCCGUCGAGACUUGAUUGUAGCGACGAUUGCUUCGUCCUUAAUCGGCUGCGUUAUAAUGGGUGUUUUCGCAAACCUUCCUCUCGCUCUAGCGCCGGGAAUGGGGACUAACGCUUAUUUCGCUUACACAGUCGUCGGAUUCCAUGGCUCCGGUAGUAUAUCUUACCAGAGCGCCUUAACCGCCGUUUUCAUGGAGGGGUUAAUCUUUUUACUAAUUUCCGCAAUUGGGUUUCGUGCAAAAUUAGCGAAAUUAAUUCCAAAGCCAGUCCGAAUCAGUUCCUCGGCCGGAAUUGGUCUGUUUUUAGCGUUCAUCGGAUUACAGAACAGUCAAGGAAUUGGUCUAAUCGCCUUCAACCCAUCAACAUUAGUAACAAUUGGAGGGUGCCCAGAAUCCUCCCGAGUGUCUGUAGCGCCGGUGGUGAGUUACCUGAACGGAACGAUGAGUGUAAUGACCGGAGGAACAGCUUCAGACGGGAUCCUCUGUUUGAAUGGACGAAUGGAAAGUCCAAGGAUGUGGCUGGGAAUAGUUGGAUUCGUCAUAAUUGCUUAUUGUUUGGUGAAAAACGUAAAAGGGGCUAUGAUUUACGGGAUUAUAUUCGUGACGGCGGUUUCAUGGAUUCCGAGAACGAGGGUUACGGCGUUUCCAGAAACGGCGUCAGGGGAAGCAGCGUACAAGUACUUUAAGAAAGUUGUGGAUAUACACACAAUUAAAAGCACAGCAGGAGCACUUAGCUUUAAAGAUUUAGGGAAACCGUACUUUUGGGAAGCUAUGAUCACUUUCUUAUACGUGGAUAUUUUGGAUACUACGGGAACCCUUUAUUCAAUGGCAAGAUUUGCUGGUUUUAUCGAUGAAAAUGGGAAUUUCGAGGGUCAAUAUUUUGCAUUUAUGUCAGAUGCAACCGCCAUUGUGGUGGGUUCUUUGCUGGGGACUUCGCCGGUGACGGCGUUUAUCGAGUCGUCAACGGGGAUAAGGGAAGGAGGGAGGACGGGGUUGACGGCUUUGACGGUGGGGGCUUAUUUCUUGUUAGCGUUUUUCUUUACGCCGUUGUUGGCGUCGAUACCGGCGUGGGCGGUGGGGCCGCCGUUGAUACUGGUGGGAGUACUGAUGAUGAAGGCGGUGGUGGAGGUCGAAUGGAAUGAUAUGAGGCAGGCGAUUCCAGCGUUCAUAACGUUGAUCUUAAUGCCGUUGACGUAUUCAAUAGCGUACGGUUUGAUUGGUGGGAUUGGGACUUACGUGGUGUUGCAUGUAUGGGAUUGGACCUUAGCUGCUUUACAAAAAUGUGGACUUUUGAAGUCGAAGUUGAAGGAUUGUGAGGUCAGCGGAUCUAACGGUCAGCUCGUCCUUCAUCACCAUCCUUCCCCCAAAUCCCUACAUGACCAAGUUUAGUUACUUACUCUUACACUCUUGUUAUUUCAUCCUUAUAAUACUUUCUUUUACUUCAUUUAAAUCAAUUCAUGUAACUACAUAUCUCACCUUACCUUACCUUACCAACCAUUCCUACUUCUUCUAUUCAAUUCACAUUUCUUCUUACUUA